AUGGCUACUCCCACCCCCACCCAAAAGACCAUCACUAUCGGCACCCGCAAAUCUAAACUGGCUCUACUCCAGACCAACCUGGUCCUUGAGGCAUUGAAGAAGUCAUUCCCGCAAUAUGAAUAUAAGAUCUUCUCCAAAGAGACAGCUGGUGACCUGAACACCACCAUCGCAUUGCGGGACUUCACCACCAAGAACUUGUGGACAGAGGAAUUGGAGGAAUUGAUGAUCGGCGGACAAGUCGAUGUUAUUGUGCACUCAUUGAAAGAUGUCCCCACUACUCUCCCCUCUUCCUGCAAGCUAGGCCCGAGCAUGCCCCGCGAAGAUAGCAGGGAUGUCCUUGUGGUGAAACAAGGCUUGCCGUACAAGAGUCUGUCCGAGAUCCCCGCUGGGUCUGUAGUUGGAACCUCGUCCAUCCGCCGCACAGCACAAUUAGCUCGGAAAUACCCCCACCUUAAGGUCCAAGAUGUCCGUGGCAACAUCGGCACUCGCCUUUCAAAACUAGACGCCGAAGAUAGCCCUUACACCUGUGUCAUUCUAGCCGCUGCUGGCCUGCUGCGUCUUGAUUUGGCGGAUCGUAUCACCCAAUAUUUGGACUCCAAGAACAGCGGCAUGCUCUAUGCUGUCGGACAGGGUGCUCUUGGUAUCGAAAUUCGCAAGGAGGACACUGUUCUGCAGGAUAUGCUGGACACUAUCGGUCAUCAGGAUACUACAUUCUCGGUUUUGGCUGAGCGGAGUCUUUUGCGGACUCUUGAGGGAGGCUGCAGUGCCCCGCUGGGUGUUGAAACCGAAUGGGUCCAAAAUGCGCAGGGUGCUAAGCAGUUGCGAAUGCGAUCUGUUGUUGUCAGUGUCGAUGGCAAAGAAUGUGCUCAGGUAGAAUUGGAAGCCGAUAUCACCUCUGCUGAAAGUGCCGAGGCUUUCGGCAUCACUGUCGCCAAGGCCCUGGUGGCUGAAGGCGCUGGGGACAUUCUCGAGACUAUUCAGCAGAACAAGGCCAAGGAGAGCGUUUCUACUGCGGUCUGA